UCCAAUACCGAAUCAGCAAUACCCUUCAACAAUGAGUGUUAGCGUGGAUGUGGGUGUCAUGUGGCGCCUUUCGGAGGACUUUAAUCGCCGCUUUGGUUUCCGCAUGCAGCCAGCGGGAGCUGCACCACCAGCACCGCCGUCGGUAGCGCCACAUGCCCAUCACACUUAUACGGCAGCACACCAUUAUCAUCACGGUCAUGGACUACAUCACAGUCAUGGACUUCACCAUGGUCAUGGGGCAGCCACAGCUCCGCACAACUCACAAUUGCUAUUCAAUGGUAAGAGUUAGCAGGAAACGGCGAAUCAAAUCAUAUCAAUGGCAUUUCCGGUGUCAAAAUACAAUUCCGAGAUCUACUUUCAAACGGCAAAGGCAAAGAGUCUCUAGUCUCUGGGCUUCUAACUCGUUCUCUCAGUGUCAGUCUAUAAUGAGUCACUCACCUCAUGCGUUUAUGUGCUUUUCGUGACAUCAAAAGGCGGUUUUUCCCCGUGUCAGGUACAGGAUUUAUGCCGAAAAGCAAAUUCCAUUCAUGCUGAUGGCCUGGCCAGAAAGACGGGUUUUCAGCCAUUAUU